UCAGAAAUAUUUCAAAUUGAUGCUCCUGGAUGCGACUGUUGGACUAAACUGCAAAUAAACCUCAUCCUUAAUCAUGUCAGGAUCUCAGGGUCAUAAACAAGAUGCAGAGGCCCCCAGGGACCCAGUGGUGCGUUUCAAGAGCUACCUGCACGGAGGCACUUCCAGUUUGUUAUCUGCGCUCCCCACCGUCGUCGUGUUCCCCGUUUAUAAGAUAAUAUUCCGUCAGCAGAUCCACAACAGCCCGGUGCAUCAGGCAGUGGGGCAGCUGUACAAAGAGGGCGCUCUGAGGCUGUACCGGGGCGUGGUUCCUCCAUUAGUGAAGGGGACGCUUAAUGGGACGCUCCUCUUCGGGCUUCAAGAUACUCUGGUCCACAGUCUCUCCCGGGUCGCGGUCCCGGCCUCAGCUCUGCCCGCGCUCGCCGGGUUUGGGGCUGGUGUCGUUGAAGCUCUGGUGUUCACUCCCUUCGAGCGGGUCCAGAAUGUUUUACAGAACAGUCAGAAUGAUUCUCGUUUGCCCACCCUGAAGAGCGUCCUCCUGAGGUUGAACGCAGAACCUCGAGCGACGGGGUUCUACAGAGGUUUCCUGCCCAUCGCCGCUCGGAACGCCCUGGGCAGCGCUCUCUAUUUCGGUGUGAAAGGUCCGAUGUGCGCGGCUGUGUCCGGAGGAGGGUUGUCUCCUCUGGCGGCGUCUUUUGUGUCCGGGGCCGUGACCUCCAUGGGCGUGAGUUUGACCCUGUACCCUCUGUCGGUGCUGGUGGGGAACAUGCAGGCGAAGGUGGGCGGGGACCUCAGGGGGGCGCGGGGAUGUUGGACAGAGCUGAUGGAGUCCAGGAAGUGGAGCAUUGUCUCGCUGUACAGAGGCGGGACGCUGGUGAUUCUGAGGUCGUGUAUCACGUGGGGACUCACGACGGCCCUGUACGACAGACAAGAGGGACGCUCCAGCUGAGGACAGACAGGAGAGACGCUCGAGCUGAGGACGGACCAGAGGGACGCUCGAGCUGAGGACGGACCGGAGAG